AAUCAAACGCCACCCCGAACACUUCCCAACCGUGACACACAACUCUCCAAAUAUCUGGCGCAGGUGACCAUGGUCCGUGGCGCGGCCCGCCGGCCGUUUACCGUUUACCGGCGCCGGCGCGGCCGAGGGACAGGCCGGCUAUCAGCUUCCACGCGGUCGUCCUCAUCAGAUGCGGCGGGUGUCACGGCGCUGGGUUAUCCGAGGCAGAGCCGGAGAUGCGGCAGGAGGGGUAGGCCGCAGAUCUAUGGAACAAAAAGAAAAUCCCUGAACGAAUCUUGCUGAUUACACUAGGAUUGCUAUGCCCUGUCACUCAUGCCCUAUGCCCCCUGUUCCGUUCACUCCAUUUGGCAUAGAGCGAGCGUUUUCAUUUCUCCAUUCGAUUCCAAAUAGUACGGUGGGAUUCGAUCCAGGUUAAGUGAGUAUCAAAGCUCAAUUUAUUCUUUAUAUUUGGUAUUGUUGAAUGAUUCACAUUUUGGGCUCCUCACUCUAAUGUUGAUACCUUAACACUGAGGCUACACUGUAGAAUUAAUUUCCAGUAUCAUCAUGUUUUGGUAUCUCCUUUGCUACACUGAAGCUACACUGCGGCACAACUGCACUGCAGCAGAAGAUACUGGCUGGGUAUUGAUGUGUUUCCUUUUCUCCGUGGGCUUGCUAAAAGAAGUGAAACGGUCUACCAUAUGUCAGUAGAUUCCUUCUGCCCAGAUUCCAAAAGCUCCCAGUUGUAAUGAUGUGAUUCUUUCAUCUACUCCCUACAUCUAUCUGAGUAACUUUUCAGAGGCUCAGCUUUAUUACACCAGAACAUACUGAAACAAUCAGCACUCUGGGUAUUGCUAUGCCCCCUUGUCUCCUUGGGCUUGCUAAAAGAAGGAAAACGAUUCUAGCAUAUGCCAGUAGAUUUCCUCUGCUCAGAUUCCAAAAGUACGAAGACCAGCUGGUAUGGUGUGUCGUUCAUGUGCAUAUAUGUAUGCCCUUCUACUCUGGGCUUGGUUGGCACUGAGGCUUCUUUCUCUGCAAAAGUAUUGGCUUGUUCAAAGAGCUUCCUGGCAAAGACUACUGGAAGGAGCAGUGAGGCUGUGCCUUUUGCUCUGGGCUUGGGGCUUGGGCAUCAUUGGAACUGAGUCUGCUUCUCUGCAGAAGUGUUGACCUGUUUAAAGCUUCUUGCCAAAGAAUACAGGAAGGAGCAGUGAGGCUGCCUUUUGCUCUGGCCUUGGGGCUUGGGCAUCAUUGGCACUGAGGCUGCUUCUCUGCAGAAGUACUGGCUUGUUCAAAGAGCUUCUUGCACAGACUGCUAGAAGGAGCACUCUGGUAUUUCGUUCCUAUUUUUGAUUUGUCAUGGCGCUGGAUCAAGAUCAUGAUCAAGAUCAUAGGACUGAUCACAACAUCAGCAGCAACUCCUGUCAGAGAUGUGAGGGCUGCGAUGCACAUUACUAUUGGUGUCAUCUGGAUAAUACCCAGAAGUUUUUCUUCAAGAUCAUGGUUGGCGAUUUCCAAGAAAAAAUGAUCAUACCAGAUAAGUUUGUGAAAAAUUUUAAAGGUCAGAUUUCUAAAGUUAUCAAGCUAGAAGCUCCUGACGGGAACAAAUAUGAUGUUCAGGCUACCAGGGAUCUGAACAAGAUAGUACUUGGAUCUGGAUGGGCAACAUUUGCCACCUUUUACGAAUUAAAAGAGGGUUGUGUGCUUGUGUUCAGGUACAUUGGGGAUUCUCACUUCCGGGUUCUUAUAUUUGAUUAUCCAAGUUGCUGCGAGAAAGAGGUUUUCCAUGUUGUCAUCAAUUACGGCUCUAAUGCUCAAGAAAAAGACAUUCGUUUUGAUCAAUCACUAGUGAGCAAAACACGAUGCCGGAAUGAUGGAUCAGGCAAAGAUGAAUCCCAUCAAAGGUGUGGCCACUGCGACGUUCAUUUCUAUUGGCAUCACAUGGAUGAUAGGGAGAAGCAUUUCGUGAGGCUCAUGAUUGGCAAUUUCCGGCGACAAAUGAGCAUACCAGAGAAAUUUGUGAAAAACUUCAGAGGUCAGAUCUCUGAAGUUAUCAAGCUAGAAGCUCCCGAUGGAAACAUAUAUGACAUUCAGGUUACCAAGGGUCUGAACAAGAUAGUCCUUGGAUCUGGAUGGGCAGCAUUUUCCAAUGCUUAUGAACUAAAGGAGCAUGACGUCUUGGUGUUCAGAUAUAUUGGGGACUCACACUUCAAAACACUAAUCUUUGAUCCAAGUGGCUGUGAGAAAGAAUUAUUCCGCGUUGUCAUGAAGCGCGCUCCUAAUGUACAAGAAAUAGGGAUUUCUGACGAUCAGUCAUUCCCUGAGGAAACAAUGCCUCGAGAAAAACUAGCACAUGAUGACUAUUGUAGGAAUACUAACAAGAUGACUUCAAUGGACUCGCCUUCACCAAGAUCAGAUGAACAUGUCACGUCUCCAGAAGACUCUCAGGAAACCAUGAAUUCAGGUAGCCUUCAGGAAAUCACUAAGCCUCACUAUGUCCUAGCGACGGGGUGCAAUCUUACUGCAAUGCAGAAGACAGAAGUUGACGCCCUUGUGAAGAAAAUUAGGCCCGUAAUUCCAUUUUACAUCACCACCAUGAACAAGACAAGUCUGUCUGGAUCUCUGGCCUUCUGCAAGGAUUACGCUGUCACUUACCUUCCACAUGAAGAUCAGUUCAUCACACUCUGCCAUCCUCAGAAAAGCAGCAUAUGGGUAGACAAUUUGAAGGUUAUCACUGGUGGUGCAAGCAUGCUUUCUGCUGGCUGGCUGUGCUUCGUUCACCAUAACGAGUUGCGGGAAAGUGAUAUAUGUGUAUUCGAAGUAUCGAAAAGCGAUGGUGAAGUGACCAUGGUUGUUCAUUCUCUUGAAGGAGGCCAUUGCCUACCAGGGAAAAAGCCUGUAUCUCAAAGUUUUAUAGUUAAGGGUGAGGUGACCGAAGAAGAGGAAAGAGAUGAUGAACACACUGAGUCAGACUACUACUACUCAAGGUUUGCAAAUUACCUGACUGACAAGGAGAAAGAGGAUGUAUUUAGGUCGGCAUCAGUCCAACUAGGCAACCAUGUAUACGUUGCCGUCAUGCAGAAGACUCAUGUUAGCGGCAGGAACUUCCUGAUCGUCCCUAGCAAGUUUGCCGCUAAGCAUCUCGCGGAGAGGUCACACGACAUCCUGCUCCUCAGACCCAACAGGAAAGGGUGGUGCGUCAAGUACUACUACCAGGAAAGGUCUACCCGGGGGUGGGGGGGUUUCACCUGCACGCGCUGGAACAAGUUCAUCCGUGACAACAAGCUUCGCAAGGGCGACGUUUGUGUCUUCGAGCUGUUGAAAGGCAUGAGCAAGGUGACAAUGAUGGUCCAUGUUUCCAGGAAGGUCGAUGGUAGGUUCGUUCUAGUGGGCUAAGUUCCAGUCUACGUAUACUCACCUCUGUUGUCUAGUUUGUUGACCAACUGGUGUGAUGUGUAGUUCAUGGUAUCUGUAGCCUGAAUAAUGAGUGUUGGUGCCACUGGAAGCUAGCUUCGGCACGAUGCAGGUGCAUUUUGUAACAGUACUAAAGCUAAGUUCUUGCCAUGUAAAAACCUGGUGUUGUUGA